AUGGCUGCCGCUGUUGCCCAGGGCCCGUCUUCUGUCCGUCGACCCAAGGACAGAGACAGAGAGAGAGACCGAGACCGAGAGAAGCCAGAAAACUCAUUGUCGACCCUGCGAGAUCCUCGAGUAGCCAGCACCUCAGACCUGUCUCGUACCAGGUCCGCGUCGACUGCCUCACACCACCCGGACCUCAGCAACGAGGUAGCCAAUCUCAGUGACAAGCUCAUCCAGGCCAUCAACCACCAGACCUUACUCGAUGACAGCCUCGCAGUCGCCCGUCAGGAGCUCGAGGAGGAGCGGAAGCGUCGCAGCACCGUCGAGAAGGAGAAGAAGGGCAUCGAGACUGAACUCGAGACUCUCACUGCUGCCUUGUUUGAAGAAGCUAACAAGAUGGUAGCGGCUGCAAAGCAAGAGAGAGAAGUAGUCGAACGGAAGAACGAACAGCUACGAGCCCAGAUCAAAGAUACAGAGCUGCUGCUGGCCUCGCACCAGGAACAACUGGCCGAGCUCAAGUCCGUCAUCGAGCAGAUGAACAGCAGACACGACGACCAGGACACCGCUACAACAGCCACCUCCAUCAGCUCACCCUCAGAUCCCUUUCCUGACCAGCCUACUCCCAACAAUGGCAAUGGCAACAACCACAACAUCAACCGUCUCUUCGAAGCCAUGAACCUCUCUCCCGUCACGCCUGGUUCAGACGAUAUCCCCCCUGCUCCUCCAACAAGCUUCUCCCACCUGCUCAAACCCGUCUGUCGAACAGACAUCCUCGCCUAUGAAGACUUUAACACCCUCCUGCAGCUCUCUCGCUCCCGACCGCCUAGCCACGUCAGCAGCGGCUCCUACAGCGGUCUCAACGUCAUGAACCUAGCUAACCUUACAUCUUCCCGUCCUAAAUCCACCACCCACACCCCCACAAACUCUCAGGACACCAACCACAACGGCGGUAACAGCAACAAUGUCAACACCGGCAGUCCGGCAGCAGCCAGCUCGUCCGUUGCCUCGUCCCCUUCCACGUCUCAUGGCGGCAUCUCUUCCUCCCCCCGAGAAAACAUCACUUCCUCGAUGCAGCUCAAGGAAACACGCUUCUACAAACGCAUUCUCGCAGAAGACAUCGAGCCCACGCUCCGUCUCGACAUGGCACCAGGCAUAUCCUGGCUCACUCGCCGCUCCGUCAUGAGCAGUCUCGUCGAGGGUGAACUCAUCAUCGAACCCAUCCCUUCUAACACCUCAUCAGCCAAUUCGGCUACAGACUUGCCUUCUCCCCCAUCAACACCCUCAAGUAUGUCGAGUACGUCCACCCCCUGCGCUCUAUGUGGUGAUAGACGGACGACAGUCAACCCACGCACCCACCGUUUUCGUACCUCGAGCUCCGACUCGGCCCCCAAACAUGCUUUGUGCUUGUUAUGCUUGGAGAAGAUGCGGGCUUGCUGUGAGUUUGUGGGAUAUCUAAGACUGGUUGUCGACGGACAUGUUCGGACCGGUGGAGAUGGAGAGGCAGAGAUCAAGGAGCGGGAGAGGGAGGCUUGGGAGGAAACUGUCCGGUUGAGAGAGAGGAUCUUCUGGGCUAGGAUCGGCGGCGGUGUCGUCCCGGCUUUUAUCUCUGGUAAGAAGGCAGAAGACGACAGCGAGAAAGAGAAGGAGAAGAUUCAACAGUCUGAUGAUGCGCCGCUUGUCAUCAAAGAUAUCACUGUUACUUCUCCAGCGGAUGCUAAGCAGACACCUGUAUCAACACCAACGAAACCAGAGGCGGAAACGGAGACUACAGAACAGCUGGCUUCAAGUAUAUCCACGCCCACUCCAACGCCUACUCCGGCACCCGCUGCUGAAGCGGAGCCAUCAACAGCACCAGCGGAUACUCCAUCCACAUCUACACUCUCAGCAUCAACAACAACUACUACCACUCGCAGUCUCUCCCUCUCUCCAUCACGGUACAGAUCUCGCUCUCCGUCUCCCUCUCCCAAGCCAGCUCCAUCUUCAAGACCAGCAACCGCAAUACCACCCUCACCCACCUCUACCUCCCAGACUCCAAGAACAGUCCUACGCCGUCUGAGAUCUGUACCACCACCUUCAACUCCUCAAUCCCCAUCCACAGUGACUUCACCGGAUACCAAGUUUCCCAAGGUCAUGCCUGUCUCUCUCCGUGCAAGUCUGGCCAACGGCUCAUCUACUACAUCUACUCCAUCCACGUCCGGCCCAGCACCAGCACCAGCAGAAGGCAAGCUCAAGGUGAAGAUCCCUGCUGCUUUUUUGCAUGAUAAUUAG